UAGGGGGGAAAGGAGGUGGCCAAAAAGAGGAGCCAAUUGGCGGAGGCAUCUCGGAGCGCUCGUCGGUUUCAACUUGCUCGGUAAACUCGACCCGGAGCACUCCGAGAUUUCGUGCGAACUGUUAACCCGUGAGACUGGGUCGGAAAUAUUGUUGGGAAGGGCUGAGGGAGGAUAUGUGGCCUGGGGGUGGUGAUGUCACCUCCUGCGGCGGACGGAGAAUGCACCUGGUGACGCCGGUUGUCAUCACCAUCGUGGGGAUCAUUCUACUUGGCUGGCAGCUACCGGCGACCGAUGCUGUGGUGUGUCACGAUAACUACAAAUGUAACUGCAAAGGAAUAAAGGGGACUCCUGGCUUUCCUGGUAUUUCUGGUCCCCAGGGCCCCUCAGGAUCUCCCGGGGAUGACGGACCGGAAGGGCCCCUCGGCCCGAAAGGUGAAAAGGGAGCUGGGGGUGAGCUCGGUGGAACCGGCGAAAAGGGACACAGAGGAGACAAGGGAAUGAAAGGUUUCUUAGGUGACGCUGGUCUGCCGGGUCACCGUGGUACUCCUGGUGUGAGAGGUCCCGACGGAUUGGACGGAUGUAAUGGAACUGACGGACGAGCCGGUGCCCCUGGAAUUACCGGAGCCCACGGCCCUCGCGGUGCUCCGGGACCCCUUGGAGAUCCUGGACCUUCGGGAGAGCCCGGCGCGGGAGGAAUCAACUCGCAAGGGGUGAAGGGAAUUCGAGGAGAUGCAGGACGCGAUGGACCAAAGGGCUUCGACGGCCCCCCAGGAUACGUUGGAGACGUCGGUUACAUUGGUGAAACUGGUGACACCGGCUAUCCAGGUCUACCCGGUCUGCCUGGACUGACUGGCGAUCAGGGUGAUACGGUUUAUGGGGACAAGGGGCAGCCCGGUGAGCAGGGAGAUCGUGGAGAACCUGGAGCCUUCAACAAGGAAUGGAAGAAGAAAAAUGCCUCGGAACCACAGCGCGGACCACCUGGGAGGAAAGGUGUUCGGGGGGAUUAUGGCGAUCGAGGGAGGAAGGGGGAGAUGGGAGAUAAAGGACCUAUGGGACGACCUGGAUAUUUCGGUGUGAAAGGUGUGAAAGGAGAACAAGGCGACGACGGCCCUCGUGGAAAACAAGGUGUCACAGGCCCAAGUGGACCUGCAGGCGACAAGGGAGACAAGGGCGCGCCUGGAUACGCAGGAAAUCCUGGAGACGACGGCCUUGACGGUGAAUCUGGGGAAAUUGGAAAUCGCGGACCUCCUGGAAGGCAGGGGGCGCCUGGAGAGAAGGGACUGUAUAUUGCGGAACUCGACGAAAUCAUCCCCGGACCUAUCGGAAUCCAAGGAGAACUCGGACCUCCUGGAGAACCAGGACAGAAUGGGACACCGGGUCGUCCUGGAUUAGUUGGGUACAUUGGACCUCCAGGUUUGCCGGGACCACCGGGUCCGCUAGGAGUCCCGGGACCAAAGGGAACGUCCGAGAAAGGAGAACAGGGAGACGAUGGACUGCCCGGUCCCCUGGGACCUCCAGGCCCUCCAGGACAGCCCGGUCUUGUUGGACCUCUUGGUGCUAAAGGAUUCCCAGGUGUUACCAUCAUUGGACCACCCGGUAUAGAUGGAAAGCCCGGUUUCAGUGGCAUGGAUGGACCACCAGGAGAGCGUGGAGAUCCUGGAUCCGAAGGUCCCAAAGGCUUCCCCGGCAAGGGAGUGAGAAUUCGUGGGCCAGCUGGUGAACCAGGUCUUCCUGGUAUACCAGGAAUGCCAGGAGUCGAUGGUUGGCCGGGUGUACCGGGGCCCGGAGGUGCCAAAGGUGUUCGCGGAGAUGACUGUGGAGUAUGCGCUCCAGGUUUACCUGGUGCUAAAGGAGAACGCGGUGACUCGGGUCUAAAUGGAUUCCCUGGUGCCCCAGGAUAUGCUGGAUUACCAGGACCCCGAGGCUUCAAAGGAGCCUACGGCUUACCUGGUAGCAUGGGACCAAUGGGUCUUGAGGGAGAGAGUGGUAGGCCGGGUAUUGUUGGUCCUCAAGGGCCCAAAGGACAAGCAGGGCGCGUUUAUGAACCACCGGGUGGGGCUAAAGUUGCUCCACCAGGUGACGCAGGUGACAAAGGCUUUCCUGGAUUGGAGGGGCUUCGCGGACCACGUGGACGACCUGGUGAACUCGGGGACACCGGGCCCGAGGGUCCCAAAGGAGAGAAAGGUGAUUUCGGCGUACCGGGAAUCCCAGGGGCCGACGGUAGACCUGGGUGGGAUGGAUUACCUGGCGAGAAAGGAGACGACGCCGAUGUACCGAUAGAGUUUCUUCGGGGGGAUCCUGGAAUCGAUGGAAUACCUGGGAGGAAGGGUAUCCGCGGAGACAAGGGGUGGCCUGGAGAAACAGGCCAAGCUGCUUCUCAACCAACAGCUGACAUGAAGGGAAACAGGGGAACUGUCGGAGAACCUGGAGAGCCUGGUUUCGAUGGAUUCAAGGGCUUUGAAGGGCCUCAAGGAGACGAGGGAUGGCCCGGAGCACCUGGGCCCCAGGGGUCCCCUGGUAUUUCCAUCCAAGGUCCGAUGGGUCUGAAGGGAUACUCUGGCAUGCCCGGAGAUGAAGGCCCUCGGGGCAUUGCUGGUGAACCUGGACAACAAGGGCCGCAAGGACUGCUGGGACCCCCGGGGAUAAAGGGAGACCGAGGAGACAUCGGAACGAACCUGAUAUAUGGAGAGAUCGGCGAACGUGGAUUUUACGGCCAGAAAGGAGAGUAUGGCUUCGCCGGUCCCGCUGGCCCACGUGGAAGAACUGGGGUUGAGGGUCCCAAAGGUAUUAGGGGGGCCAAAGGAGCCCCUGGGUUUGAAGGAUUACCAGGACUCCAGGGUGCUAAGGGUGUCCGAGGCGACAGCGUUCAAGGACCUCGGGGCUUCCCAGGUAUCUCAGGCUUCCCCGGAGCUCCUGGAAUGCUGGGUAAUAUUGGAAUGACCGGUCCAGACGGAGUUUCCGGUUUUAAUGGGAUGAAGGGGCUGAAGGGAGAGAUUGGCUUCCAUGGACGUCGUGGGGAGGAUGGCGAUUUGGGAAUUCAAGGGUAUCCGGGUAUGGAUGGAAUUCCCGGAAGUCCUGGUAAGCAAGGAGAAGACGGUGAUGUGGGAGUUGUGGGAGAUUCUGGACAGCCAGGAUGGAUUGGAGAGGAGGGAUCACCAGGAGCUAUGGGCCAGAAAGGAGAACUGGGCGAGCCUGGCAGUCCUGGAUUCCCAGGUGUUCCAGGACCUGUGGGGCUGCCGGGAAUGGUUGGAGAUAUUGGGUAUGAUGGACCCGAUGGGGAAAGAGGUGCGAAUGCGAUCAGUGGACCUCAGGGAGACCUGGGUGAGCCCGGGUUCAUGGGGGCUAUUGGGGCACCUGGACCACCUGGCGUUGAUGGACGACCAGGAUUACCCGGGGAAAAUGGCGCGGAUUCAGUGGGGUAUAAUGGACCAAAUGGAAUCAAGGGAGACCGGGGAUGGAAUGCAUUGCCUGGAAGAACUGGGUUAAAGGGUGAAAUUGGCGACAUGGGACCGGACGGAGUCAAAGGAGAAAUUGGAGAGAGUGGAGAACAGGGAAGACCUGGUACUCCAGGAAUCAAUGGAAGACCUGGCACGAAGGGUGAGUUAGGACCAGUGGGGCCGGCCGGUCGGGACGGAGUGAAAGGACAACGCGGGCUUGAUGGAGAUCCUGGCUUUAUGGGACCACCAGGUAUGCCUGGAGACGUGGGCCUUCGGGGAAACUCUGGCCUGCCUGGGGCGCCAGGACCGAAAGGUAGUAUGGGUGAUCCUGGGUUACCUUCGUAUGCUGAGGCUGACAGGGGCGAAAUGGGAGACCAGGGAUUCUAUGGACUGAGUGGGAGGAAGGGAGAACAGGGAGACACUGGAUUGAGAGGAUACCCAGGGGCUAGGGGAAUGCGUGGGGACAUUGGCUAUCCGGGUCCCGAGGGUUUCGAGGGCCUGCCUGGACUACCAGGUCUACCCGGAGAUGUUGGAUACCCCGGACUUCCAGGCCCUCCUGGUUAUAAUCCUGAACGCGGUGAGUCAGGUCUACCAGGAUUGGAUGGCCGCCCAGGUACUUCUGGACGACCAGGGCAGAAGGGAGCUCCUGGAGAAUAUGGGCCUGAUGGACCUCAAGGUAUUGAAGGAGAACCUGGACGGAGUAUUCCGGGGCCGAAGGGUCUUCCUGGAGAUAUAGGCCCCAGAGGAUAUGACGGCCGCCCUGGUGCGCCUGGAUUGGGAGGACUCGAUGGUUUUCCGGGAGCCCCUGGCCCCAAAGGUUUUCGGGGAGAGCCGGGAUAUGCCCAGUACGGUGCCAAGGGAGACGAGGGUGACGUCGGUUUCGCAGGACCCGAUGGCAGACAUGGAUUCAAGGGCGAGAGAGGUGACUCAGGAAUUCCGGGAGGCCCAGGCUUCCCCGGUUUGAAAGGAGAACGAGGAGACACUGGAGAGUCCGGUCCGACUGGUUUGCCAGGACCUGAUGGACCCCAGGGACCCAAAGGCGACCCCGGUACCAGUCCCUAUCCAUUGUUCCCCAGGAAAGGAAUUCAGGGAGACGUCGGAUUUACAGGCUUGAUUGGAAUGCCUGGAGUUCCGGGGGCAAUGGGAAUGCCAGGAUUGGACGGUCUACCAGGGCUUAAGGGUGAGCACGGAAUGGACGGACUUCCAGGGUUCCAAGGGCCCGAUGGUGACAACGGACCGCCAGGUCCUCAAGGCCCACGUGGAGACAUUGGUUAUCAAGGACCCCCUGGGUUCCCGGGACCUCGAGGAGAAGAUGCACCACCCGGGCCGGCUCCCAGAAGCCGUGGCUUCCAUUUCGCCAGGCACUCCCAGUCGGAAAGUAUUCCUCAAUGUCCUGCGGGCACUGUCAAAAUGUGGGAUGGGUUUUCGUUACUUCAUAUUAUGGGUAAUUCACAUCCAUGGGCACAAGAUCUUGGACAAGCUGGAAGUUGUGUCCGAAGAUUCUCGGUGAUGCCUUUCCUAUUCUGCAAUCUCAAUAAUGUCUGCGAUUACGCUCAGAGGAAUGACUACAGUUACUGGUUGAGUUCGACAGAGCCAAUGCCAAUGAUGAUGACACCAAUUCCAGCACCAGAGGCUGGAAGGUACAUCUCUAGGUGCAGCGUGUGUGAAGCACCGACGAGAAUGAUUGCGGUGCACAGUCAGUCGAUGCAGAUUCCAGAGUGUCCUGGUGGAUGGACAGAAGCUUGGGUUGGGUACAGUUUCCUCAUGCAUCGCGACGCAGGUGCGGCUGGUGGUGGUCAAUCGCUAAUAUCUCCAGGCUCAUGCCUCGAGGAAUUCCGCACUCGGCCAUUCAUUGAGUGUCGUGGUCUCGGUACAUGCAACUACUUCUCCACCGCAAUCUCCUACUGGUUAGCAACAAUUCAGGAUCACGAGAUGUUCCGUAAGCCACAGCCUCAAACCCUAAAAGCCGAUCACACAUCACGAGUCAGCAGAUGUGCUGUAUGCAUACGACGUCAAAUAACUGAGGACAAUGGCAACAGGCUGCACAGCUUCAGGGCGAAUGGAUCACGUCGGAUUCCAUCGGGACCAGUUCAUCCAGAGCCAGUUCGGACUGUACCAGAGUGGGAGCGCCGUAGGCCAACGGGUGGCAGGGUCAGAGUUCCAGGUGGACGCGUACCAACGGGUUAUCGGAGACGAGGUAGGGUUCGUAGGCCUAGCUCGGCAAAUAAUUCUAGCCAAAGUCCUUUAGCCAGAGGUGGAUGAUCUGGAGGGGGAAUAUUAUAAUUUGAAAUUUUUCAAAUCGUCGAUUUGGUUUUCAAUUAAAAAAUCACAAGUGAAAAAAUGAGGGAAGGAUGCUGGGGUAAUAUGGAAACGAUUUAAAAAUUUUUUUUAGUUUUUAAAAUUUUUGGAUUUUUAAAAAAUAUGAAUAGAUAAAUGAAGUAUUUGGUAAUUAGAGGAGUAAGGGAUCAGCAUACAUUGGUUUUAUCUAUUAUAUUAAUUAUCUAUUACCGUCACUUGAUAAAGAUGCAUAAUUUGGUAUUGAAAAGAGCGCAAAAAAAUAAAUGAAACGUUUUAACGGAAAUUUUUAAGUGGAGCUUGAGCUUUUCCUCGGAAUUUUUUUCAUAAGUGAGUAGCGGAACGAUUAAUGUAUAUAAAUUAUGAUAUUUUAUCCAGUAGGUAAGUGAUAUCAAAAAUAAUAAAUCACCGUAAGUGUCUUUUGGGGACGUGCUAAUCCGUGCGCUGUGCCAUACCAAGAAUUUUUCGAUGAUUUCUUGAUUUAUGUACUGCCAAAUGAGUAGAAAAUGGAGAAAAUGAGGUGAUUAGACGAAACUGAUGAGCUGGUGAGUGGAGUUUUUGUUAUAAAAUUUUUUGUAGUGCUCAGUUUGCCCCACAAAAAAUUCUAUAACAAAAAUUUUGCUGUCGUGACUCAUCUCAUUAUGACAUUUCACUACAAAAAUGCAUUCGAUUGUUUCCCACUCGAAUUAACUCUACUAUAAUAUAAGUUUAAUAUAUCUAAUGUAUUCUAUAAAGUUUAAAUAAAGUACUUUUGUAAAAGUUA